AUGUCUUUUGAGGCGCCUCAAAAGGAAGGGAAAGGGAGUAAAGCGAAGAACGCUCCCCUUGCCGGACCUCCUCCUGCCCUUCUCAGUGACAGCCUUACACUUGAUCCCUCUCUCACCAUCCUGCAUAUGUUCCUCCUAUCUCCUCUUUCCCGCCGUUCCCCCAGAGUGCGCCACCCCUGGCCGGACCUCCUCCUGCCCUUCUCGGUCACGGCCUUCCCUCACCUCCGCAACUUUGUCACCAACUCUGCUGUGCGUGCCUGUGGGGCCAUCUGCCCCGCCCUCAGCCUCCCAUCCUUCCUGGGAGAUUCCCCAGGCAUAGUAGUAACCGAGUUCAACAUAAAUGUCGGUGAGGCCUGGGACUCCACGCUCCUGCUGCGCCAGCUGGCAGCGUGGCCCUCCCACCCGGCUCUCCUCAACCUCAACCUCUUCGGCUGCGCCUCCACCUUCUCCCACCACAGCGGCCCCGCCAGAGGCUCCGCCUCCUGCGACCCCAUCCCCACGCCCUCCUCCUCUGACUAUGCUGCGGCCGCUGCUGCUGCCGCUGGCGUGCCCACACUCAGUAUGGCCCGCGCGCUCACUCCGUUCUGGCGCCCCGCGUCCGUUCCCCGAUGUAGCAAUCUGGAAGGGAGCUAUGGGAAUGCUUCUGCUGGUACUGCUGUUAGUGGUGGUGGUGCGGUUGGUGGUGUGGGGAGUGGGAUAGGAGGAGGUGGAGUGCGGUCGGCUUGGGUGCGGCUGGUUGCAGGGGCGUGUGAGAGGGAGUGCACGCUUCCCAAGGACAGGUGCCCCCCGUCAGGAGGCAAGCCAUUCUCCCUUCCCUGCACUGCCUGUGUGCACGCGUGCUACGCCCGGGAGGGGUGGGGGGCGGUGGGAUUCGGUGGGGAUGGUGGAGAGGCGGUAGGAGGAGGGGAAGGAGUGGUGGAAGAACAGCUGGCGAGUCUGGGAGUGAACCGGCUGAUAGGAUGCUCAGGUCAUGAGCUAGGCUCUCUCUACCUACCUGACCAAACACCUGCCGCCGUCGCCGAUGCUGCUGCUGCCGCUGCUGCUGCCGCUGCCGCCGCUGCCGCUGCUGCUAGUAACUCUGACGUGGGAGACUCAGAGGUGGUCGGGCGGCCUCUUUUGGAAGUAUCUGCGGAAACAGUGCUGGGUGCCGACCGGGUGCACAUGGUAGAGUUUGGGCACGAGCUGGCGGCGGCAGUUGUGGCACGGCAUUUGGUGUCCUCUCUGCUGGCUCUUACCCCUCAUGACAUCAACCUGUACCUAGAAGAAGAGCAGCAAAGAGAGCAAAGGCAGUCCGGUCAACAACAGCAGCAGCAGGCUUGGACACACAUAAAGCCAGAGCGAGGGCAGUGCUUCACCACCAACUGGGGGGACUACCGGCAGAGGCACCGGUGCCCCAAGCUUGUUGCCAUGAACGGGCAGGUCUCCUUGAAAUCCCGCCAGCCUGGGUGGGUGCUGUACCCCUUAUCGCGCGAUAAAGAAGCUUUUAUGUCGCACGUCCCCAACGCUACAGUGACUUUUGCGGCUAAUGUGAAUCUACGAGCCGGAGGAAGGCUGGCUUUUCUGUUCCUGAAGGCGCAGGAUCUCGGGCCUGGGCUUGUACGCGUAGCGUGGGGGGGUGAGGGUGGGAAAGGUGGGGGGGAAGGUGGGGCGAUUGGACCGAUUUUGUUGAACUCAGAGGCAUGGAGAUCGCCUACAAGGGUUGUGGGCGGGCAGGUGUUGCCAGGGAUAGUGCCAAGAGGGAAGGUGGAGGUUUCAGUGACAGUGGUUCCCAGUGGUGGGAAUGGAGCUCCCGAGGGGUUUGGUGUAAUUGGCGUAUUUGUGUUGUCAGGGCUGCUUCCAGAAUCCAUGUUUUUAUGA